UUGGCUCGGACGCAACCGAAACACGGUCGGAACGGUGGCUCACUGAGAAAAUUAUCAAAAAAAAAGAAAAUUAGUUUUCUUUCGAUUUGAGUCAGAAAAACGUGAAAAUAUUGAAAAAUCGUUUCGAAUCGUUAAAGAAAAAUUGAAGAAUGGCAAUUAGUGAUUUCGUUGCGUAAAAGCGAAAAGAAAAUUGCAAUGCGGAAGUGUGAAAAUGAAGUGAAAAUGUUAUAAGUUCUGUUGCGGAAAAGUGAAAUAUGUCUGCAUUCGGAAUCAAUUAGAAGUGCAUGGAAAAUAAAUUGAGACGCGAAGUACACAGAAAUCUGUGAAAAUUUUAUUGGAAGUGAAGUGAAAUUGUGUUUUGUGUUUUGUGUUUUGUGGAUCUUUUAGCAAUAAUUAAGCAGGAAGGAAAAAAUGUUUUCUCCAAGGCAAUUUUGACUACAGAAUAGGUGCCACACUCGUCUGCGGAAAGGGAAAUGCAGUCAUGUGAAAACUCGUUAUUUACUGAAGUUAAUUAAUGUUUAAAUACCAGGAGAAAGAACUACAGCUGCAGCAACUAAUAAAAGUUCUAACAAAAGUAAUUAAGAGCAAACUUUAACCCAAUUUGCCGGAGCACGAAUUUAAAAACUGCAAAUCCGGGUUCAGCGUUUGGUUGUGUAUGGAAUUUUUUUUGUGUGCGGGGCCAGUAGAGUAAACAAGCAAAUACAGGCAGGCGGAGGUACGUACGAAAAUGCAGAAGGAAAACAAUACGACGGCAGAAAAUUGCCAAUUUGUGGGGCCGUAUCGUCUGGAAAAAACGCUUGGCAAAGGACAGACGGGACUUGUGAAGUUGGGUGUACACUGCGUCAUUGGCAAGAAAGUGGCUAUUAAAAUAAUCAAUCGAGAGAAGCUCAGCGAAUCGGUACUAAUGAAGGUUGAACGUGAAAUUGCCAUUAUGAAAUUGAUCGAUCACCCGCACGUUCUAGGACUGAGCGAUGUCUAUGAGAACAAAAAAUAUUUGUACUUAAUAUUGGAGCAUGUUUCUGGUGGUGAGCUGUUCGAUUAUUUAGUCAAGAAAGGACGCCUUACGCCGAAGGAAGCAAGAAAGUUUUUCCGACAAAUUAUUUCUGCCUUAGAUUUUUGUCACUCGCACUCAAUAUGCCAUCGAGAUUUAAAACCCGAAAAUCUGCUGCUCGAUGAGAAAAAUAACAUAAAAAUUGCAGAUUUCGGCAUGGCGUCAUUGCAGCCCGCCGGUUCAAUGCUGGAAACCUCAUGUGGAUCACCGCAUUAUGCAUGCCCAGAAGUCAUCAGGGGUGAAAAGUACGAUGGACGCAGAGCGGAUGUCUGGUCGUGCGGCGUUAUACUCUACGCUCUGCUUGUGGGUGCACUACCAUUUGACGAUGACAAUUUAAGGCAGCUGUUGGAGAAGGUGAAGCGGGGUGUCUUCCACAUACCCCAUUUUGUCCCACCCGAUUGCCAGAGUUUGUUGCGUGGCAUGAUUGAAGUAAAUCCGGAAAGGCGUUUAACGUUAGCCGAAAUAAAUCGCCACCCUUGGGUCACUGCUGGUGGAAAAGGUGAACUUGAAUUGGAGCUGCCAAUGAUGGAAGUUGUGCAGACACAUGUAAUUCCAUCCGCAUCUGCAGUUGAUCCCGAUGUCUUAAAUGCUAUCUGUUCGCUAGGUUGUUUUAAGGAAAAGGAUAAACUGAUACAAGAAUUACUAAGUUCGAAUCACAAUACAGAAAAGGUCAUUUACUUUUUGUUACUGGAUCGAAAGAGAAGACGGCCUGCGUUGGAGGAUGACGAUGAAAUUGCUCAAAAAUCACGCAGUGAGCUAGAUGCAGUGGAUCCACCCAGAAAACGCUUAGAUACAUGCCGUAUAAAUGGAACAAACUCGACUAGUUACGGUCAAAUUUCAGAAGGCUCACCACUCACCCCCAGACGGCAAGCAUUCAACUUCAGGUCCUAUAGCAGUUCAAGAAAUCACCAACGACGCUCACCUACUUCGGUUUCUUCUGUUCGAUCCUCUUCAUAUCAUAGCCCAACCCGUUGCAAUUCGCCUAUCAACUCAGCUCAGCAACAAGCCAACGCUAUAUCAAGGCCCUCAUCUCCUGCCUGCACCUCUGGACAUUCUUCACGGCACUCAACAUACACGGAACGUGAUCGUUCAGGUUCUAUACAUCAUCCAUCAGUUAGUCGUACUCCUUCGCACUCUUCACAAACAGGUGUGGAAUGCAUGAGUAGUGAUGGCACGCGAGAUAUACGAGAUCGUCACGAUACACGCAACGAUCGCUCCACUAUGCAGUCGAACUGUAUACCAGGAAGUCCUGGUAACAACUCAGCUUCAGUACAUCACCGUGCUAAUUCUGGACCAACAAUUGCCAUAAGUAUGUUCCAUGAUCCAGAAGCCAAUAGUGUUAUGAAUCCAACCGCAUCACCACUGAUGAACAACAGUUCAGCUGUUAUUUCAGGUUCACCUUGCAAUACACCUGGUGGACAACUUUGGAAAACAAGACUUACGAAUAUCAAAAAUAGUUUUCUUGGUAGUCCUAGAUUUCAUAGAAGAAAACUGCAAGUUUCAGUCGAUGAGGUACAUUUAACGCCAGAGUCCUCGCCAGAAUUGACAAAACGUUCGUGGUUUGGUAACCUAAUUACGACAGAAAAGGAUGAGACAUUCACUAUACUAGUAAAAGGGAAACCGAUUGCAACAGUGAAAGCGCAUUUAAUUCACGCAUUUUUAUCCAUGGCGGAACUUUCGCAUAGCGUUGUUUCUCCAACAUCAUUUCGAGUAGAGUAUAAGCGAAAUGGUAAUGGUCCAGUUAUGUUCCAGAGACAUGUUAAGUUCCAGGUUGAUAUUAGCGCAAUUUGUAAGCAAGGAGAAAUUGCGGAUAUGCUGUUCGCUUUAACUUUUACUUUGUUAUCAGGCAACAUACGCCGUUUUCGCCGCAUUUGUGAACACAUACAAUCACAAGUUUGUUCGAAACGUUUUCCAGGGCCAAGCAGCCCACCAACAGUUCCCACGGUCACGCAAGCUGUGUCCGAAAGCUCUUCAUGUGGUUCAGUAUCCAGUGAACGUUUGUCCUACAAACGUCAAAUCGAAAACGAAAUCGAAAACGAUUCAAUAUUUAGCUAUAAAUCCGGCAAUGGCCGCCGGGCCUCUACUACUAACAACAACAAUGCCAAUCCAGUUGAUAUUCCGGGAAGUCCAAUUGCUGUGCGGUCAAACUCGGAAUCAGCUGAACACGAAAGGAACCGCGAGUUGCAGAGUGAACGUCAGGCGACAACAAUGUCCGGUAGUGCAAUAGCAUGAGAAUUAUUUCUCUGAUUUAGUUGCCUUUUUGAAAACCUUUUUAAUUUGAACUACAAAAUCAGGAACGACAUCAAAAUUGUUAUACAAUAUUAAGCGUUCUAUACUAAUUAAAAGAAUCCAAAAAGAAAUUCUUUUCAACUUCGA